AUGAGUUUAAUUGAAAAAUACAAGUUGGCUUCUCUUUUCCGUCCUGAUGCUGAUCAAACUUUUUUUAUGAUCUAUUGUUUAUUCAAUAAUGUUUCCAAUACUGAACAGUUGACAGCUGAUUAUGAAACAACAGAUAUUUGCUUAAUUGAUCCAAGUUUAAUUGUUGAUGAGCGUCAGCUUCAAGUAGCUACAGAAACCGCCUUGUUCCAUCAUCAUAGUGGUAAGGCAAAGACUCGUAAUUUAAACACUGAGAUACUAUUCUGUCUUUCACCAAAUAAUAAUAUAUCUUGGUCUUUACAAACCUUUGGAAGCAAGUCUCAAGACGAUCACCUGAUUGCCAUCAAAGUUGUGGAAGAGGAAAGACUUGAUAGAAAUACAAAUCCAUUUGGUUUAGUUAAUGGCAAUCCUAUUCCUUUCUCUGAUCUAAAACAUAUCACAAAUGAAUCUAAGGUGCGAGAAAUCUACAAUAUUCCUAGUUUUGUGGUGUCAAUAGAUCAUUUAUUGGAAUCAAUUUUAAACAACAUCUCAGCUAAACAUCUUCUUUGA